AUGGUUCGAGAAUCCUACCCGUCUCACCCCCGACGACCAACUCCAUCCCACGACGCAGCUCAUGUCCUUGUCUCCUUUCAACAGACCCAUGCCUCCUCGAUUUCCCACCGAAGACGCACCCACGCUCAUGCACACAGCCACAGCCAUCGCCCGUUGUCAAUUCCCAAUCUAGACCGACCUCCACAAAACCGUCGCCGAGUCUGGCGCGCCUGCGAGUCCUGCCGCAAGAAGAAGAUCAAAUGUGACGCGGGAGAUCCGUGCCAAUGCUGCCUGGAUACGGGGAAUGAGUGUGUGUAUGCGGUUGAGGGAUCACGGAGGGGGUUUGUGGAUUCGCAGGUUGUGGAAGUAUAUGGCAAACGGAUUCAGGCGUUGGAGGAUCUGGUGGCCGCGCUCAUGGAUGAGCAGCAGAGACUUGCGUCACAGAUUACGGGUGGUGGACGGCCGCUGAACGAAGAUCAGCAUCAAGUACCUGUUUCUGUCAAUUUGAUGUCGGAGUCGACGACUUCCUUAGUUGGGAGUGUGUCCGAAGAGCAAGUCGAGGCUGAGAAUCCUGUGAUCUCUAGUCUGGAUCAAGUCGUUGAUCCCGCCCUCUGUCUUUCCGGAGAGAAUGUCAUGGAGUCAACGCAGGAGACAGGAGAGGCUGAGCGCAUGUACUGGGAUGAAAACGGCGUCUUGGUCACAGACGAAACAGACGGAGCAAGGUAUACCGGCCUCGGCGCAACAGUAGCCAUAAUUAAUGAAUGCCCCGGACUACGCAGUCGGAUCCGGGAAGGACUCAUGCGAAAAGGCCAUGCAUCGGUAGAGUCUCUUCUCAGCAUGAAUCCGUUGCCUGAAGUGUCGUCAAGUCCAAGCAGAUUGCCUCCUGUGCCGCUCAUGGAUACAUUGAUCGACACAUUCUUCCGAAAGGUUUAUCGACUCUUUCCCAUUAUUGAAGCAGAGGACUUCCAGCGGCAGUAUUUGAUGCUCUUGGCGAACCAUGUCCCUCAACCGGACUUCCUGGGGUUGUUGUACUCAAUUAUGACUGUUUCGUCCGCGCAUAUUACCGAGAAUGAUCAUGUGUGGGCUCGCGAGGGGUACAAGGGACUGGAUCUAGGGGGACACUUUUAUGGUAUGGCUCUUGCAGCCAUUCAAGGGUCAUCAUCCCUUCUCUUUAUCUCAGGCAACAACAUCAACACCGUCACUGCGCUGACGCUUCUGGGAAUGUAUCUGACGCAGCUGGGAAGACUGGGAGAAGCGUGGCGAAUCAUCGGUCGUGCGGUCCGAUUGGGGUAUGAAAUGGGACUACAUCGCUCACCCAAACGAAUGGGCCUGCCAUUGAUUGACGUCAAGCGACGAUGUCAGCUGUGGUGGUGCCUGUACGUCCUGGAUCGACUGCUUGCCCUACAUCUGGGACGUCCGCUCGCCAUCCACGACAGCGACUCGGACGUCUUCUUCCCGUCUCCCCGUCCCAAAGCGCCCGGCUUCGUCGCUAUGACCCAUCUCUGUCGACUGAUUGGACGCAUACACUAUGCUGUCAACUCGAUCGACACUCCGCACAAAUGGCAUGACGCGGCUAAUCAUGCUGGUCUCCAGUGCGAAUUGGAGAAGCUAUGGGUCGAUCUUCGGCAGUGGAGAGAAAGCAUGAUUCCUGCGCCGAGUCCAGGGAAAACGGAUGAAUCAAGAGAGAUUGAGCGAUAUGUCCUACUGUCAACUUACUUCUCUGCGGUGCCCCUACUGUUCCGACCAUUCGUGCCCGCUCCGCAUCGUUCCUCACGAUGGGACGCUUCUCUCGCAGUCAGUGAGAGCAUCAAUGCCGCAAUGGAGUGCAUCCAGCUCAGCCAGAAAUUCUGUCGUCUUGUUCCAGCGUGCCAUUACUUUGCAUUACAUGGACAGAAUCUGUUCGUCAGCAUCUUGACGCUGCUACAUUGUGUUCGGCAGGACCAGAGCAUCCACCCGCCUACCGAUAUCCAAGACGGCCUCAAUCUCUUACUAAAAAUGCAAGGAGAUUGGCCUCUUGCGCGUCAGUACCACGCUAUCGCAGAGGAGUAUCAUGCCGUGACUCGAGAGGUGAUUGAAAGCGGCCAUAGAGGACGGUGCAUGUUUGAUAACGGAAAGGUUGAAACAGCUUCAGGGGCAGCGCAAUUUGACCCCUGGACAGAGUUGGAGCAAACCGUUCUAGGGGGUGGUCCAUUUCCGUCCAUGCCAGAUACGACGUGGAUGAAUGAAUUGUUCCAUCUGUCGCCGACUGGGAGUCCAAAGGAUGCAGAUAUCGAGAAAGAGGAAGAACCACCGACUAAACGGAGAAAGACAAAGAGUAGACAAUCUGUGUGUUCAUUUGCAGUAAGAAAGUCAAUCAUGUAG